AUGAGAACCUCUCCGAAUGUGAUUGUCACCGGCACCCCUGGGGUGGGCAAGACCGUGCACUGCGAGCAGCUGGCGCAGGAGAUCGGCUUGAAGCACUUGUCCGUGAACCAGGUUGCCAAGGACCGCAACUGCUACGAAACAUACGAUGAAGAGCGGAAGAGCUGGGUCGUUGAUGAAGACAAGUUACUGGAUGCGAUCGAAGAUGAAGUCCUACAGGGCGGGUACCUGAUUGACUGGCACGCCUGUGAUCUCUUUCCCAAGUCGUGGAUCGAUCUCGUCGUGGUCCUCCGCUGCCCCUCAACCGCCGUUCACUACGACCGUCUUGCUUCCCGGGGGUACCACGAAGACAAACUCCAAGAGAACCUGGAUGCGGAGAUCUUUGGCGUCCUUCUCGAGGAGGCCCGCGAGGCCUUCGACGAGGAGAUUGUGGUGGAACUGAAUAGCGAAGAGGACGGUGAUGUCGACAGCAACUGCGCUAGAGUGACGCAGUGGGUCAAUAACUGGAAGAAACAACAUGGUGAAACCGAUUGA